AAAUUACGUGUUCUUACGUCACACGUAAGGUCGGGAGGAAAGAAGCAUGGCCGCUGUACUGAGAGGGUCUCGGUUCCUGUUUGGGAGGUGUUGCAAGCAUGUUGAUUUUGUGUUUGUCUCUACAAGGUCCAUGGCCUCUAAGACACAAGUGGGGUUUGUUGGUCUGGGAAAUAUGGGAAACCCAAUGGCAAAGAACUUGCUGAAGCACGGAUACCCAGUCAUUGCUACAGACGUGUUCCCAGAGUCCUGCAAGGAAGUACAAGAGCUGGGUGCUCAGGUUGUGGAUAAUCCUGCGGAGGUAGCAGACAAAGCUGACCGAAUUAUCACCAUGCUACCCUCUAGUCCCAAUGUCAUAGAUGCUUACACUGGACCCAAUGGCAUUCUCAAAAAGGUAAAGAAAGGCUCACUCCUCAUUGACUCCAGCACCAUUGAUCCAGCUGUCUCAAAAGAGAUGGCUGCUGCUGCAGAGAAGAUGGGGACGGUUUUUAUGGAUGCGCCUGUAUCAGGAGGUGUGGGUGCUGCAAAUUCGGGUAAACUGACUUUUAUGGUUGGCGGAGCAGAGGAGGAAUUUACUGCAGCCAAAGAGCUACUCAGCUGCAUGGGAGCCAAUGUGGUGUACUGCGGUCAAGUAGGAACCGGACAGGCUGCUAAAAUUUGUAACAAUAUGCUCCUAGCCAUUGGGAUGAUUGGGACUUCAGAGACAAUGAACUUGGGAAUCAGACUUGGUCUUGACCCUAAACUUUUGGCCAAAAUCCUCAAUAUGAGUUCAGGCCGGUGUUGGUCUAGUGACACCUACAACCCUGUGCCUGGAGUCAUGGAGGGAGUGCCCUCCGCCAACGACUACCAGGGAGGCUUCGGCACCCAGCUCAUGGCUAAGGACUUGGGCCUUGCACAGAACACGGCCACCAACACAAAGACUCCUGUCCCCCUUGGCUCUUUAGCCCAUCAAAUCUACCGGAUGAUGUGUGCACGCGGUUAUGCCCAGAAAGAUUUCUCCUCCGUUUUCCAGUUCCUGCGUGAGGAGGAGGGCCAGUAAUGUCAGCCUGCACCCCGUCAACCUGGCCCUGCAGGACUAACGUAGAGCAGGGUGCAUUUCACCCUGGAGGACUUUUAUUUUUUUCCAAAGUUGUGACAGACAUGAAGCCCCAACACGGCCAGACACAUCACGUGAGCUCCUCUCUCUUAUUGGAAGUCGUGUUUCCUGUGUUAUCUUGUUUUUUUUAAAUAAAUCACUCCUCUCAGUUUUAGAAACAAGUGAAUGGUGAGAUUUGCAGAGGAUCCAGGAGAUAAAUAUGUGGCGAAUCUGAAUUAAAGUGCAAAGAGCAUAGUGGGAUCUGUGGUGGUAAGACGUCAGCUCAUCAGUCUUGUUCCUCAAUAAUCAGCAUCUGUAAAUAGUUUAGUCCUCACAUUUAUCUAAUAUUUGAUCAUUAUCGUGUCUUUUGUUCAUGUGUGUGAUUUCCUUUAACAAUGGAAAAUGUUAGUUUUGGUUUGGGGGGAAAUGUCACAUCCUGCUAGGAAAUAAAGACAAAUGAUGCC